CAGAAAACACAGUCGGCACACUGCACCUGUUUAGUUUAAAUAUAGUAAACGAACUUAUGUGACUUUUUCCCUCCACUCUUAAUGACAAAGCUUGCCACUUGAAACAAUGAGCUUGGCCAACGACCCUUUAUCCAUGGAUAUUACCCCGAGUCCCAGUUUAGGUGCCACAAGUCGUGGCGAUCUUGAAAAGGUACUAGCAAUGGUGGUCCUUGGGCUCGGGAGCCUUUUGUCAGGAAUGUUGCCAGCCUUUAUUUCGGAAAGGAACCGUCGCCGUUUCCCCCUGACCACUUCCCUGCUCCUGUGCUUUGGAGCGGGAAUUCUGCUGGCCACCGCCUUGGUUCACAUCCUGCCCGAGGUGCGCGAGCAAAUGGAUUCAAAAUUCGCUGAGGUGGCUAUGUGCGGCGGCUUCUUCAUUAUUUACUUUAUCGACGAGUUCAUUCACUACUUUUUUGGCGAGGCCAUACAGCACACACAUUCCCAGAUCCCCGAAACGGAGCCCAUAAGGCACAAUAAUGGAAACGGCUAUGGCGCAGUGGGUGAAAGGGCACCGCUUUUAUCAGCGGAACCUACUUCACAUUCCCAUUCUCACCACCAUGACCACGAUCAUGACCAAGAUCACCCGUACAACGCAUCCGGAUGUGAUGACGCCAGUGUCGAAGACGCGAACGCCCGCAUCUGCCACACCAGUCAUACGGAACCAUGUGCCCAAUCCAUGACCGGCACCCUGGGCCUCUUUGUGGCGCUUUCUCUGCACUCGGCCAUCGAAGGACUCGCCAUUGGUGUGCAAAACUCGUCUACAAAGGUUCUAUUUCUUCUGGGUGCCGUCGCUUGCCACAAGUUUGUGAUGGGCUUUUGUCUGGGCCUAGAGUUUCGCUCAAAUCCGCAGACGAGUUUUCGCGCCCAGUUCGUCGGCAUCUCAGUAUUUGCCCUAGGAGCCGUCAUUGGCAUUGGUCUGGGCAUGCUUAUCGUGGAUGUGCCCGCCUCUUGGUCCAGCAAAAUGCUGCCUAUUGUUCAAGCAUUGGCGGGAGGAACGCUCUUCUACGUCACCGUCUGCGAAGUGAUACCGCGCGAGAAGGCGCGCUGGCACACGAAUCCUACGCGACGCUGGGCGGGAUUUGCACAGUUCGCAACUGUCGUCGUCGGCUUUGCUACUAUGUGCAUAAUAAACUUUUAUCUUUCGGAUGAGGAGUAGGACUGAUGUUCAAAGCAAUCUUCGCUGCGCUGUGACCUAAUGUGCCGCUUUUUAUACAUAAUUGUAAGAUAUUUUUAUAGAUUGGCAGCUGUUGAUUUUUGUUUUGUUUUUACGUGCAUUUCUAAUGAAUAUUUUUUAGCUAUAUUGUACUUCAAUAAAUAAGUAGAAAAGUUUUAAUCACACA